GACCAGAGACUGCAGACACAGUACAUGAGAUGACCAUAGACUGCAGACAUAGUACAGGAGAUGACCAGAGACUGCGGACAUAGUACAGGAGAUGACCAGAGACUGCAGACACAGUACAGGAGAUGACCAGAGACUGCGGACAUAGUACAGGAGAUGACCAGAGACUGCAGACACAGUACAGGAGAUGACCAGAGACUGCAGACAUAGUACAAGAGAUGACCAGAGACUGCGGACACAGUACAGGAGAUGACCAGAGACUGCAGACACAGUACAGGAGAUGACCAGAGACUGCGGACAUAGUACAGGAGAUGACCAGAGACUGUGGACAUAGUACAGGAGAUGACCAGAGACUGCAGACCUUUGGGGAGGGGGGCAGGUACCUGAAUUUGACAGGUACCCACUCCCACUUCCGCAGAGUUGUCCCCCCCCCCCCUCCUUGUAGUCUUGUGGGACACGUGACAGAUCCUACAAGACUACAGGGCCAUUCACAAAGCACAGCACUUCUUGCGAAUGUGCAGUGGGCACCCGGCUGUGAAACCACAAGCUGUCACAGCCGUGUGCCCACACUGAAGAUGCUGGUGCCAGGAGAGAAGACGGCCGAUGGGAGCAGGACACCGCUGGACCAAGGAACAGGUAGGACAGAGGAGCGGGUUCUUCUGCACAGUAGAGCCGAGCGCCCGGCCCGGUAUUCUAACACGGGAAUACCGGGCCGGCCACUCCAUAUUCGCUCCAUAAGACGCACAGACAUUUUCCCCCAUUUUUUGGGGGGAAAAAAG